AACGCCACGGACAUAGUUUUUAACGAACUUCGCAGAGGAUUCUUUGCGGCAGUGAAAGAAAAAAGCAAUAAAGACUCUUCACCAGAACUCUCUUUGAGCACUGUCUGCGUUUCAGAACCAACGCUUCUCGAAUGCGAGGGGACUGGGUUUGGUGCUCUGCUACUGGCUACCUUAGAUCACGUGUCAUACUGUCACUUGCUAGGAAUAUACAACAUUACAUUUCAAUGGAGAAACUGCGAAACCUACUGUAUAAAAGACCCCGAGCAAAAUUCUUGGCCAGCAUAUUUUGAGCCUCUAAACACAGAUUUUGACUUGAGUGCAUCCAGAGUUCUUUGUCUGGGUGGUUUAAUCGGCGGACGAGUAUUAGCACGCGAGACUGCAAAGGCAGUCAAACGCUUAAAUCCACAACAAAUUAAGCAAUUUGAUUGGGGCUUGAGGACUAGCUCCUUGUUAGAAUUUGGGUUUAGAAAACGGCAGAGCGUCCCAGGCUACGAAGAAGGCGCGAUAAUCACACCGCAACUAAGAAAAUGGGUACAUGGCAUGAUCACUGAAUACGUCCGACCACAGAAAUUUAUACAGAUACGAGCUGAACAAUUUUACAUUGAUAACAUGCAAGGGUUCAAUUUACUGGGAGUUCACAUACGGGGUACUGAUCAUUGGUCGGAGACAGAGAACAAGACUUUACCGGCCUUGGAACAGUGGAUUCAUGAUACACAGCAAAUAUUUGACACUCUAGAAUAUCCUAAAAGAAUCUUUUUGGCUAGUGAUAAUAACGAGGGUGUUCAACUUUUUGUGAAACAUUUUGGAGAAGAUAAGGUAAGAUCUUUGUCACUGGCACGGUAUUACAGAGGCAGCUAGGAAAAAGUCAAUCCCUCCCUUCUUCUGAUGAUUCUUAUUCUAAUUCUCCUUUUCCCGUUUCACCUCGUGCAGAAAUUAUGUGAAUGCCUGGACUAGAUUUCUUACAAAUGUUUACUAUAUAUAAAAAGAAUUCCGGGAAAGUGCGAAAUCUCGGUUAUAUCCCUUUUCUUCUGUACUAACCAGAAAGCUCGGAAGAAUUCUCUACCGACGUCUCUUAAAUCAAAUCUAUUUUGAUUAAGGAAACCUUUUUCGAUCGAAAAAUUCCUCAUAUGUUCGAGUGGAGCAGUACCACUGAAAGGCUCUUAAGACCGAUUCAUUCCGAGUUGUUACGUUUGUCUUUGCAAAUGGUGACAAUGAUAAGCCCACCUGGACUACAUAAAAAUUUUUGAUUUCCACAACCCAAAAAUUCAAUAUAGUUCUGAACCAGAUGAUGAGUUCCCUUACCAAAGAUAUUUCAAAGUGCUUUCUUUACUCGUUUUACACAAUGAAGCGGAUGCUACCCGCUAAGUAAGACAAAUCGAAGGACAUGUGCAUACAUAUCCUUCGUUCCAGAUACUCAACGUGUUACAGUCUAAUAAAAUUUGAUUUGCGCAUAGUUCCUUUGUAAUAAUUUCUACUCAAUAUUUGCUUGUUUACAGGUGGUUGUUACUUCGGCAAAAAGAGCGGAGAGUUAUCAUUCCCACAGUCCAGUCAAUACUCACGUGACCAACAAUGCGAUUGAGAUUGGUACCCAGGUCCUUAUCGACAUUUUAUUGCUGGCUAAAUGUAGUUACUUUCUCCAUGCCGAGUCAAGCGUGGCUUCUCUUGCAGCGUUUUUCAACCCGGAAAUGAAACUGUUCUUUCUUGGGCAUUUGCACGACAACAUGGUGAGUGGUUUCUAAGCCCUGCUGAUCUCCUUCCUCCCCAGAGGGAGGGGGAGGGUACUUGAACAAAGUUUUAGCAUACACUGUGAGGGCAAUACCUACAAUGUAUAUAUAGGACAACCUUGAAGGUACAGCGUGUGUUUUAUGACCCCAUUUAGACAAUGACGUUAAGAAAUUAAUUUUGGUCAGUCAGAAAAAGGGUGAGGGUUACCCAUUCAAUAGCUUUCCGAUCAGUCUUGCCUUCAAUUGCAAUUUUAAGUGUUAUUCUAUAUUGCUGACUCUAAUCUACACAAGAUCCAGCUUUCCCUCCCAGCUGGUUGUUUAAGUGGUCCCUGUUCGUUUGCUUUGGUGGGGUGGGAUACGGCUACUCAGGAGUGUUGCUGAACUCCUCCAGUUCUCCUUGAAAGAGCUAUUCAUUUUACCAUUUGGGUCAUGGAGAGAGACAAUUUCUUGUCUAAAAACAGGGCCGGCAACAGUACCGCGCUUAGCUUGUUGUGGAACGAUACGAUAGCACACGUGGUACACUGCACAUGCAUUUGCAGCCGAAAGCUUUUGUCUUUACUUAUUUCUUGGUACUGUUCACAGGUUAAAGUUGCAGGAAUUUUUCUUAUAUUAAGGUUUCAUUUCCUUUAGGUAGAUAAAGAUGUGAACGUAGAAACCUUGCCUGAGCUAAGCGCUAAAGUUGCAGAGGCUGAGUGGGAAGAGGGAUGGAUCAUGGAAUCAGAAACAUUAACUCAGUGUUACAAAGAGAACAGUCCAUACAGCGCAUGCCCGAAUAUGGCAAGGGGAAAACUGAUCGACUCCGAAGAUGUUCGAGAAUUUUUGUUUCAAUAA